UUGAUGUCGCUUACCACACAUACAAAAUCUGUUUACAAGAAUGGCGGACAACAUUUGAAACUGACUGGAAGGAAGCUCACAUAUUCCUAUCGUUGGACUGCAACAGGCUUUGGAAGGAAAGUCAGACGAUAUUACAAGAUGAAUUUGGAGGAAGAAGCUGAUUUCACUGAUGAUGAGAUCAGAUAUGAAUUAUCAAAACUAGGAUACCACAAUGUGCCAGAUAGCAGAUUGAAGGAAUUUAAGAAAGAUCUUAAAGUGCUAAUUAAACAUGAGUACAGCAAAGAGAGUUCACACAACAACAGCCUCUCAUCACAUCCUCCUCCAGACACAUCAGUUUCAACCAACGGUUUCCCACACAGUUAUAAUAGGAGUCCUUUAGAAGAAUCACGACAAAGAUCUACUACACAAGAUUCCUGGAGGAUACCGAAUCACCAAGGAGGUAAGGAGAACCGGUAUGAUAUUGGAACAGACCCCAUUCUGAGAAAACCUCUUGGUCCAGCCCCAAAACAGAUUGGUGGGAAUUUCUCCAUGUACGACUCAACACCAGACACCUCCCACCUCCAGUACAGAGAUGAUGUGUCUGAUACGGAUACUGAACGUAGGAUGGUCAAGCGUAAAGUGCUAAGGAAAAAAGAUGAUGGAUCUAAAGUGAUUGAUGAGUCGAUGAGCGAUAUAGGAAGCAUACUUGACCUUGAUGAGAGACUGCGAGACCUUGGAAUCGAUGACGACCACACAUCUCGACGACCUCAGUCCUCCAGAGAAGUGCCUCCAUACAGAUUGUCAGCUGACGACCAGCGACCUGCCUCAGUUAUCCUGAGGUCAGCUAAACAUCCCCACACCAAGAAUCUUCGCAAGUCAGAUCCGGUGGCACGGUAUCAGCAGUUCCAACAAAAAUGGUCCCACCAGAAGGCUCCUGGUGAAAAGGUUCACAAAAAUCUGCGCUGGAACAUCCGAGAACACAUGCUAUCCCAAGACCAGGUGUUAGAGAAAAAAGCCCAAAAGGUGUUUGUGCCUAACAAGUAUGUGGUACCUACAGACAAGAAGAGGCGAGACCUGAGGUGGCAGAUACGUAUGGACAUUGCUCAAGGGCAGAUGCCACCUCAUGGAUUCUACCAUGAAUACUGACGACAUUUCAACUUGUGUGUAUGUGGUAACUGCUCAUCCUGUGAUUGUACUGGUAUAGAUACCUACCUUAUCAAUUAACAGACUGACAAGUGUUCCAUCUCGUGAUAACAUCUGCUGUACAAGUUCUAAUGCCUGUUCCAUGACAUGGUAUGUCACAGUUGUUAGAUAUGGGCCAUCCAUAGUCUACUCAGUGGCUAUUUAGGUUGAGCAAUGGAUGUUCUCAGUGGCAUGUUAGGAGGCUACGCCCUGAAUUUGUUCUGUAGGAUUGCUGGAGGCCGAGACAUGGAUGUACUCAUUAGGUUUGUUGGAGGCUGAGCCACUGAUGGUACACCUAUUAGAAUCUUAAAUUGUUUUACCAAUCAUGACUUUUACUGAAAUACAUGCACAAGGCGUUUAUUGCAUCCGGAUAUGUAAUGUAUAGACUCUGUUGGUAGUUGUACAGAUUGGUUAAUAUCUAAAACCGUUUACUUGUGACCAUUUAAACCGUCUUUCUCUGUGUAUACUUCUCCAGUCACUUGAUGUUGACUCAUCCCAUCAUGAUAGUGUUUAGAAGUGUUGUAUACAUGCAUGUAGACAGUUUCCAACAAGUGAGGAUUUAAAUCCAGUCUUUUGAGUUUUUUCUAAAGGAAACUCUAAAAGCUUCAGCAAAUUUGUAAAUAUAGGAGAAAAACAUGUUUUUUCUGUUUACAAGUAGCAAGAUUUGACCUCUCUGAUUCCUAGGAAGUAACUUUAUUUAAGACCCGACAUCACAAUUCAAGUGUGACACUGAAAGGUAUUGCAUGAUAUCAUAUACCCUGUGACCAUAAGGUUAUUUAACAUUGUGAAAUCGUCCUUAAUACAUUGUAUAAACCAUGGGCUUGGAAUGAUGAAACCUAUUGCAGUUUUAAAUUUGGGGCAACUUUGUUAGUAAAAAUAAUGAACCCAAAAUGCUAUGUUAAUUUGAUGGGUCAAUUAGAUACAGAGUUCACCCGUCAGAGACGAUUUGUGUUGGUGAUCUCUGCCCAGUGUGAGAGCAUUCUAGUAAUAACGUCUGGUCAUGUGUGUAUAGAUUUAUAUUGUAAAACAAAUGUGUUUCAGUAGACAAAUCAUGUUACAAGGUGUAUAUACCAUAGAAAAUAGUCCAUGUCACUCUUGUGCUGUUUUAGUUGUGAAUAUAACAUGUAAUUUAUUUUUUAAAUUAAGCAACAGAAAAAAUACAUAAGUCUAUGAAGAAAAAAUAAAAUACAUUUAUAAAAU